AUGGCAACCCAGGACGUGGGCGUGCUCCCCGUUGCGGCCAUUGAGAUUAACUACGAUGAGGAGAUCCAGAAGAUCUCGGACUUCCUUACCAAGUUUGUCGCCCAGAGGCGGCCAGCUAACGGCGGGGUCAUUCCCAGCAAUGACGAUGCUGCUGCCGAGGACGAGACUGAUGACGAACUGGACUACAUGGAUGAACUGCACAUGGAUGAGCGCCAAAGCCCCAAGUAUAUGCGCAUUAUGCGCAAGGUCGCCAACCGCCAGACCACUGAGGUCAUCAUCGACCUCAAAGACCUCCAAAACUUCUCAACCGACCACUCCCUCCUUUACAACGUUCUGGGAAACACACGCCGCUACAUCCAGCUCUUCGCUGACGUCCUCGACAAACUCCUUCCCGAACCUGACCAUGAACUGGACACGUCCGAUGACGUCCUCGACAUGGUCAUGGCGUGGCGCCGGGAACACAAUACGGGAAACGAGGACGAAAGCGAGCUCGACCGAUCGCAGUUCCCACCCGAGUUGAUGCGUCGCUACAACGUCUUUUUCCGCCCACCACGCGGCGCCGAUACUCUCGCUGUCCGAGCAGUGCGCGCGCAGCAUCUCGGUCACCUCAUCACUGUUCGCGGUAUCGUCACCCGCGUGUCCGAGGUCAAGCCUCUUCUCCUCGUCAAUGCGUACACUUGUGAUUCGUGCGGUGACGAAAUCUUCCAGGAGGUCGACUCCAAGUCAUUCACACCUCUCUUUGCCUGCCCUUCGCAGACCUGUCAGACGAACCAGACCAACGGCAACCUGCACAUGCAGACUCGCGCAUCACGCUUCCAGGCGUUCCAGGAGGUCAAGAUCCAGGAAAUGGCCGACCAGGUCCCAGUCGGCCACAUCCCCCGCUCGAUGACCGUGCAUCUUUACGGUGCGCUCACGCGCAAGAUCAACCCGGGCGACGUCGUCAAUAUCUCGGGCAUUUUCCUUCCGACUCCGUACACGGGCUUCCGUGCUAUGCGUGCUGGGCUGCUGCAGGACACCUUCCUUGAGGCCAUGCACGUCCACCAGCUCAAGAAGCAGUACGAGGACAUGCGCAUUACACCAGAGCUGGAGGCAGCUGUCGAGGAGCUCAGUGUCGACCCUGGCCUCUACUCUCGCAUGGCCCGGUCGAUCGCUCCUGAAAUUUUCGGCCACGAGGACGUCAAGAAGGCUCUUCUCUUGCUCCUCAUCGGAGGUGUCACCAAGAACGUCGGCGACGGUAUGAAGAUCCGCGGCGACCUCAACGUCUGUCUCAUGGGUGACCCGGGUGUGGCCAAGUCGCAGCUGCUCAAGUACAUCACAAAGAUUGCCCCUCGUGGUGUGUACACGACCGGUCGUGGUUCGUCCGGCGUCGGUCUCACUGCGGCCGUUAUGCGCGACCCUGUUACGGACGAGAUGGUGCUUGAGGGCGGUGCGCUUGUCCUCGCAGACAACGGCAUCUGCUGCAUCGACGAGUUUGACAAGAUGGACGAGUCGGACCGCACUGCCAUCCACGAGGUCAUGGAGCAGCAGACCAUCUCGAUCUCCAAGGCAGGUAUCUCGACGACACUCAACGCACGUACCUCGAUCCUCGCGGCUGCCAACCCUCUGUACGGUCGUUACAACCCCAAGGUUUCGCCGGUGGAGAACAUCAACCUGCCGGCCGCCCUCCUGUCGCGUUUCGACAUCCUCUUCCUCAUCCUCGACACGCCGUCACGCGAGAAUGAUGAACUUCUCGCCCAGCACGUCACAUAUGUGCACAUGCACAACGAGGCGCCUGAGCUUGACUUUGAGGUCGUCGAGCCAACACUCAUGCGUCACUACAUUGCCAAGUGCCGCACGUACCGCCCAGUCGUCCCGAAGGAGAUGAGCGAGUACAUUGUGUCGUCGUACGUGACGAUGCGCAUGGAGCAGAAGGAGGCCGAAGCCGAGGACAAGUCGUUUACGUACGUCUCAGCGCGUACCUUGCUUGGUGUCCUUCGUCUGUCCCAGGCACUGGCACGUCUUCGUUGGGAUUCGACUGUGCGCCAGGAGGACGUCGACGAGGCGCUGCGCCUCAUGGACGCGUCCAAGCAGAGCCUGAUCGAGGACCGCGGGGAGCUCGGCAUCGACCGGACCGACACGUCCAAGAUUUUCCGCAUCAUCAAGGACAUGGCGAGCGGGCGUGGGCCCGCUGCGCGACGCCGGGCGCAGCGCGCGGCCGACGACGACGACGACGACUUCGAGUCCGAGGAGGAGACGCUGCAGGAGCUCACGAUGGUCGACGUACGCUCGCGCGUCAUCGCCAAGGGUUUCACCGAAAACCAGCUUAUGGACACAAUCGCCGAGUACGAAAACAUGGGCGUGCUUGUGCGCGAGGCCAACGACACGCGCCUUCGCUUUGUAGACGACGCCUAG